AUGGGGAGCGCCCGGUCCGUCCUCUGCCUCCAGCUGUGGCUGUGGCUACAGAGCUCUGCCCAGGAGCUCGACCCCGACGGCAGGAACGUCUGCAGGCUCCCCGCUGGCCCGGCGUGCUGCCCUGGCUGGAAGCAGGAAGGGCGGGCGUGCACGGCCGCGCUGUGCGAGGGGGAAGAUGCGUGCGGCGUGGAUGAGGUGUGCGUGAGACCCGGGGUUUGCCUCUGCAAACCCGGCUUCUUCGGAGCAGACUGCAGUUCCCGCUGCCCCGAGCAGUACUGGGGCCCCGACUGCAAGCGGAGGUGCUCGUGCCACCCCAACGGGCGCUGCGACCCGGCGAGCGGGCACUGCACCUGCGACCCCAACCACUGGGGAGGGCUCUGCCAGUUCCUUUGCCAGUGCGGCCCCCACGGCCACUGCGACCCCCUCACCGGUGCCUGCCGCUGCGAGCCGGGCUGGUGGGCACCUACCUGCAAGAAGCAAUGUCAGUGCAACCCCGCCAGCUCCCGCUGCGACCCGCUCACCGGCCACUGCCGCUGCCUGCCGGGCUGGUGGGGCAGGAGGUGCAGCUUCAAAUGCUCCUGCAACCUCUCGCCCUGCGCCCAGGAGACGGGCAAGUGCGAAUGCAAGGCUGGGUUUUGGGGGCCAGCGUGCCAGCGGCGCUGCGACUGCUUGCACGGCUCCUGCAGCCCCCUCAGCGGGCACUGCAGCUGCAACCCCGGCUACCAGGGCAGGAGCUGCCGGGACCCCUGUCCGGCGGGGAAAUACGGGUCUCAGUGCGUGCACAGCUGUGGGAGCUGCAAGCGCAGCCAGCCCUGCUCACCCGUGGAUGGCUUCUGCCUGGCCUGCCAGCCCGGCUGGAACGGGACCCUCUGCAAGGAGCCCUGCGCACCCGGCUUCCACGGCGAGGACUGCCUCCAGCCAUGUCCCCGCUGCCGGCACGGGGAGGUCUGCGACCCAGAGACGGGGUCCUGCCUGCACUGCGAGCCCGGCUGGAUGGGACCCAGCUGCAACAGCUCCUGCCCUGCGGGCACCUUCGGCGAUGGCUGCCAGCUCCUCUGCCCCGAGUGCAUUGCGGGGAGCUGCGACCCUGUGUCAGGAGCUUGCAUCUGCCAGGCGGGCUACUGGGGAGCCAGCUGCAACGACACCUGCCCGGAGGGGUAUUUUGGCGUGAACUGUUCCUCGCCCUGCCAGUGCUCCCGGGGGACUUGCCACCCCGUGCGGGGGGACUGCGUGUUGAGUUUUAAGGACCACGGGGCCCUGGCAGCCGCCAUCCUUGUCCCUCUCCUGCUGCUGCUGCUCUGCAUCGCCUGCUGUUGCUGCGGAGCUGGCCCAGCAGAUGCUAGAGACAGGGCGGCCGUGCCAGACGAUGACGUGGUGGCCCGGAUGAAGCACCACGUGCAGGGGGUGCUGGCGAACCUCAGCGCUAUGAUGCCUUGCUUUUCCCUGGGAGGCUACAAACUUCCAAAAGUCACAGUUUCCCACCAUGACACGGAAAUCCCCUUCAACCCCAGCUUCAUCGAGCCACCGUCGGCUGCAUGGGUUUCAGACAGCUUCUCCUCCUCCUUCGACACCGACAACGAGGGACCCGAGUACUCUGUCCCUCCCAGAGAAGGCGUUCCGCUGCUGGGGGGGGCCGAGCUGCAGGACGGGGCGUCCCCCCCCGGUGAGGCGCUCCCAGACCCAUCCGCCUUUGACUCCGAGGACGUCUCGCAGCCCUUUGCCAUCCCCCGCACCUCCAGCAUCGCCAAGGCCAAGCGGCCCUCCGUGUCCUUUGCCGAGGGGACAAAAUUUGGGGCGGCGGAGACCCCCAGCCCCGGGCGGAAGCCCAAGACCCCCUGGGGCCCAUCCAAGCUGUCCCCACCGCCGGGGGACGCAGCAGCUGAGCUCCCCACUGAGCGACCAGCCAGCGAUUGCUACGAGAGCCCCGAGCCCCUCGACAAGGGGGAGGAAAGCCACCGGCCAUCGCCCCGGGCCACCCCGGGGGGACACCGGCGGGUGGUCCCCAGCACCAGGAACGUGGCCCAGAGAGUGGAGGCGCUUGAAGCGGCUGCAAAAUCCGGCAGCUGGGAGGCAAAGGGGAAGGAGCCCAAUGUCACCACCAUCUACAUGAUGGUAGGAACGGCCAGGCAGGACCCCAAGGCGGAGGGGGGUGGCGAGGGACCCGUCCAGGCUGUGCUCAAGAGGCUGGGCAGCUUGCAGAGGGGCAAGUGGGCUGCAAAGGAGGAGCCCAAGGCAAGGAGGAGCGUCGAGGCCAUCCAGAAACCGCCCCGCCGGGCCCUGGCGCAGUGCAGAGACUCGGUGAAUAGCUACAAGCAGAGGGAGAGCGUCCCGGGGGCUCCUGCCGAGCCGUCCCCCGGCAAGCACCAGCAGCUCCCUGGGAAAAGACAAUCCUUCCUUCUCGCAUCGCCAAAAAGCACUGGGGCCCAGGAUGGGGCCAGUGAUGCUGUAGGUGCCAGAGAGAGGGACGAAAGCCCUGAGUUAGUCCUCAGCCUCGAGACAAAGGGACAGGCUGCCCUGGAGGAAGAGCCAAAAUACGAGAACGUGACCAGCGGCAGGGCCGAUUCGCCCCCGGGCCCCACCAAGGAGCUGCUGGCCACCCCUGGGGCCACCUGAGCCACCACCGCCUGGGCUGGGGCAGCCGGAGCCCAAGAGGCCCCUCCGCCCCCAGCGUGGGGGGAGCAGAGGUCCCGCUCCGAGCUGUGAACUGGAGAAGCAUUGAGCCUUCCCAUUGCC